AUGUUGGGUUUGGAUAGUGGGGUGUCAUGUGAGUUGAUAGUUGAAGGUGAUGCUUUGAAUCAGAAGGCUGUGCUAAUUCGUGUGCCCGAUUUCAUAGCUGAUGUAUGGGACGGUCAGCCGGUUGGUACAUGUAUUGGUAUGUUAUCAGGUGAUGAGAUUCGGUUGAGUAAGAAGCAGGGUUGUCUAGUGAAUAUGUUGCGAGGGAAGCCGGAGCGUAGUACAACUGGAGUGGUUUUGGGUAGUAGUCAAGAGGUGUUAGAGGAUCUGCCGGAUGAGUUGAGUAUAUCAGCUAUUUUAGAGAGCAGUAGUACCUACCUACCUAAUCUCUUGGACCCCGCAUAUCAAUGCUAUGUUGCCAGCCAACUCGGUGCUCCCGAAGACGUACAGGGUCCAAAGGUAUUGUCGGUUGAUGAUGCACGGGCAUUAGAACAGGCACGCGUUCGUGGUGGUGCCCAGGACGAAAGCAUGUUCCGAUACUUCAAGGAAGAAGGUGUCAAGGUCAUCCAAAAUACCGGUGCCGUUAGCGACUCUCAAAUGGAAGCAGCUUCUGCUGCGCUCUUUAAACUAUUCGAAACCUCCGCAACUGAAGACGGCACACUCGGCCUCAGAGACAUACAACAAAAUAUACACCUACCACCACACCAUCUCCGGAAACUUCUCGAACAACUUACCGAACCACAACGCGAACGUCUUGGCAGAAGAUCACUCUUCUCACUCAAACCUCAGUUUAAAAAACACUAA